UCGAUAACAAAACUUAUCAGUUAUUAUUUAGGUGAAUAAACAAAACUAAAAACGUUUUCCUAUUAUUUAGAAACGUUUAUGAUUAAAAGCAUUGAAAUAAAAUAAUUAUGAUAUCAAUUAAUGUUGAAAACUCUGCCUCUGAAGAUGGUAGCUUUGAAGAUUGGUCGGAUUCUGAAAUGGAGGAGGAAUCGAACGCCGACUAUGCGGCAUUCAGUGCCAGAUAUAUGGGUGAGAUAGCAAACUUACUGGGUGUUCACAGCCAAGUUAAUUGUGAAAAUGCAUUAAUAUUGAACCAGGAGAUGCAGCAACGUCUGCAAGAAGUGCGAAAACGUUUGCAAGCCUUAUUACAAGUUGUUCAACAGCGAUACCUUUCAAACGAGCAACGACUGAAAAUGAAUUUGGGCAAAAAGCAGCGAGGAUUUGGAAUGCGUGGUGCCUACCUUAAAGGAGGCACUUUCUUUUUUAAAGGAAAUAUGUUUUUUAAAGACCUCAAAUGUCGGAACUGUCCAAACAAUCAAGAUUACGAAUAUCGUAAGAAUGUAGAAAACGAAAUGUUCCCAAUGGACUUUGAGUUAUGUAGCCGCCAUGUUUGGUCAUUAUUGGACAAAAAAGCUGUGGUCCAAGCAGUGAAAGAACAGGUAGUUGACUACUUAGCAGAUCACCAAAUUCGAGACAAAAGUAAUAAAUCGAAAAAACUCACACUAGAUAUAAAAGUUCACACAGAGAAGUUGGCAAAUCUUUUAACACAAGUAGAUGAAAAAUUCGAGGUUGAUUGGGAGCAAGUGUCUGCGCAUAACUUAAACUAUCGACAUUCACCUAGCAGUUGUAAGACAAUGUGGCAAGUAUACUUGCAUCCAUCGCUUAAGCGUAGCGAUUGGUCUGAAGAAGAAAAUAAACGACUCUUACAUGUAGCGCAAAUUCAUAAUUAUCAAAAUUGGGAAAAGAUCGCCAAAUCAGUUUCGAAACGUUCUGAUUAUCAAUGCUUUAUACAAUAUCAAACGACUGUUUGUUUUAUGGACACACAACGUUGGGGUCGUUGGGAUAAACGUGAUGAUAUUAAGUUACUAAAAUUAAUAGAGAAAAAGUCCAUAAACGGAGUAAUCGAUUGGAAUGUAGUGGCGACUUAUUUUCCCCACAAACCGAAAAAAUCAUUACAUCAACGUUACAUAUAUUAUUUGGAUCCAAAGAUUAGUCAUGAACCAUUUUCGCCUGAAGAAGACCUCAUAUUGUUGGCAGCGGUUGAAGAAUAUGGAGAAAAAUUUGCAUUAUUUCCACGUACACUUUUUCCAAAUCGCUCUAUAACACAGCUUCGUAUGCGUUACAGAAAUACAUUACAAACUCGUCAUAAGCUAACACCCUGGUCUGUAGAGGAUGAUAAGAAACUUAUGGAGUUUAUAGCCGAGCACGGUACAUCGGCUUGGCUUCGUUGUGCUGGAGCUCUCGGUAACCACAAUCGUAUUAGCUGCCGUACACGUUUCCUUACUAUAAAGAAGUUUUUUGCCAAAAAUCCAGAGGCUACACUUGAAGACAUACCCAGAAAAAAGACAUGUACAAUGAAGAAUAGUGUUAUUACAACCCAAAAUUGGGUCGAAAAAGUCGCAGAAUUGCGAGAAAACCCCGACACUGUGCUUGUACCAAUGAAUCAGAAGUUUAAGAAACUUAAAGAAAAGGUUGAUAAGUUUGAAGAAGUGCUCAAAACUCCUCCAAAAUGCGAAGUGCAAUCGUUGAGAAAAAUUGGGAAAAAAGUUCGGAAAAUAUCAUAUGUGGAACGUUUACGUGCUGUUGAACAAAUACUCUAUCAUUUCUUUAAAUAUUCUUAUAAUUUUAGUUUAGGUGCUGAUGUAUGUACUAAACCACCAAAUGAAUUAUUACGUUUUGUGGCAACAUCACUCGAUUUUAAGCCGAACUCUGCGCAGCCAUAUAUUGCGGACAGUUUGCUAUUACCGCAUAUUGAACGCUGUUGCGAAUUUUAUCUAUAUCCGAAAAACCAAAUUGCAAAUGAAUCUGUAUGUAAGCCCUUCAACUAUACAUUUGCACCAAGUUGGUCGACAGCAAUGGCCUUCCGAGCGCUAUGCGUGCAAUCGGCUCAGGUACAAUUAGAGGGAUGUAAAUCUGUAGAUAACAUCGAUAACCGCAAACCAAGGGAAAAUGAGAAAAAUAUAGCGAUACAGAAAUUUCGUAAACGCAUGCGUGCAUUACUUUAUCAAACAGCCCUAUUAAGUCGUUUACAACCAACUCGAUUUACAGAACUAAUGAAUAUCAGCACACCGCCUGUAACAUUAACAGAAAUAACACCUGCAGAUUUCAAAGAAGAUACCGCCACAAGUGCAAUUGGAACUCCAGCAAGUCAACUGGCUUUCGAUUUAACUCGCGUGAAAAACGAGUGUUCAUCUGAAUUUUUGGGUAAUCCGGAACCCUUCUCGGAGGCAUUGUACAAACGUACUUCACUGGAUGAGGUUUCGAAAAGUGAGAAAAAACCAAGACGAAUGUCGAAACCGGUUGGUCGAAAAAGAAAGUUGCAAAAAACACCAUCUGAAACCACACCAGCAGUAAUGCCGGUGGCCGAGAAAAGUUUGCUGUUAGACGUUGAAUUUUCACAGAGUGCUGCUGCACUUGUUUCCAAACCAACCUCUACACAACCAGCUCUUUAUGAUAUUAAGCAAGAGCAUCAAACUGGCGCUGCAGCGGCAUCUAAUCAAAGUUUAAACUCGGGCAUUAUGACACGGAAUGGCAUAUUUCUAGAAAGUCCGUCUUCAGAGCCGGCGGAGAAACGAAUUCUAAUUGAGGCAAAACAUGAUAAAUCAGAUUUCAUUGAGCCUAAUAUAAAAACUGAGCUUUACGAAUUCUACUAAAGAUUCAAGAGAUUGUGUUUUGCAUACAACAAAUAUAAAAAUUGUGAAGAUGAA